UAAUCACCGGCACUUCAAAAGAUAAAUAAUAUUACAUAUUUCAUCGAUUGGCAUCUGCAACUGCUAUCGAUAAUCACGAUACCGGCUUUGCGUGUGUGCGUCGCGUCUGUGAAGCGUUUUUAAAGACGAAAAUAAUAUAAACAAAAAUAUAAAACUGAGAAGGUUACAUGCGGCUGAAAAUGCUGUGGCGGGGACUCUGUCUGCUGGCUUUGGCCGCAAUGCCGGUUUUUGCCCAAAACUCCCCGGAUGCGGCAUCUGAUGUAGUUAACCUGGUGCCGGGCACCUCCAUCAAUGUCACAGCCAAUCCAUUUGGCUCCAAGAUACUGUGGACAUACUGUUACAAGGGCAAAAAACCCUCAAUUAUUAAUUUUCUGGAGACUAUCGAGUUCUAUCUGGCAAUUCGAACCGAGGACUUUGCUCAGUAUGGUGGCAAAACGGCAGAGGAGGUACUGAAGCACUACAAUCAACGUCAAUCCCUGUUCAGUGUGACGCUAUUCUCCCAGAAGCGUCAGCGGAUCCCAAUUUCACCCUUUGAGCAGCAAUGCAUCGGCAUUGAGUCCCGGCAACCGUAUAAUAUGACCCUGCAGCAGAAGCCCCUGGACCCGUGGCAUCUCAUGCAUCUGUCUGCCGGCCUGCUCCUCUUCUGGAUCAGUCGCCGGCUGGCCAAGAAUAGUGUCUUUUACUAUCUAGCCGGUGUUAUCCUGGGCAUUUGCGCCUCCAUGCUGGUGGUUAUUUACCUAGCUGCCAGAGUCAUACCACGGCGUCCCAUGAUGUAUGGUGUUUUAAUUGGAGGCUGGACCCUUGGCUUCUAUGUCCUAAAGCAAGUGGUGGACAACAUGCGCCUCAUUCUGCUCACCUAUCGCGAAUAUGUGGUGUGGUAUCUGAUUGUCACUGGAUUGAUAUCGUUUCUGAUUUGCUAUCGCAUUGGACCUCCAAAGAAUCCACGCUCGCAGAACAUCAUCAUGUGGGUGCUGCAGGCCACGGGCGGUGCCCUGGUGUACUUCAGCAGCUGGCAUACGAACGCGGCCGUUUUUCUGAUUGCGGUGGCCUUUGUGGUCUAUUACUUUCCACCAUCGGUGAUUAUAUAUUUGAAGCGCUCGUAUCUCCGUCGCUUUCCACCCAAGCGGCGUCUGCUUACCCAGGAAGAGUACUAUCAGCAGACAGCCAAGGAAACUGCUAAUUCAUUGUCCGAACUGCAACAGUAUCUCAAUAGUCCCGGUUGCAAGCAAUGGGAUCUCAUCACUAAGCUGCACAAUCCCAUACGUUUUGCUGAAUUUGCCAAUGGGGCACCACAUUUGAAAGAGGAGGAGAUCGAUGAUUAUUCACGAGCUAUUGAGGAGUCCCUGGAGGCGACACAGGAGGAUCCCGAGGAGUUCUUACAGUGCAGCAUGCACUAUCGUCCAGCGGCAUACAGACGUUGGUCCAGCUUUAAUCGAUCGAGCUCGAAUCAAAGCCAUCGGGUGACUGUACCUCCGCCGAGAUUCCAAUCGCAGAGUUUCAAUCGUAGUCAGGCAGAGAAAGAGGAGAGCGAGGAUGAUGAUGAUGAGCAUAUGGAUUAGCUAUAGAAGAAGUGAAUAUAAGUAGGCACAGAAGAAAGUUCCUGUUGGUCUGGUGAAGGAAAUUACCAAAAGUCAUAGUCAGUUAAGGCCUGUGCACCUUUUUUAUGUCCUUUUUGUAGGUUUACCUCAUCCUUUGCUCUAUUCUCUUAUUUCUUUUGUUUAAAUAUUUCAUGUUUCUUUCUGUUCAUGUUCUUUGACGACUUGUAACUCCAUUCUGAUGUCUUUUCUUUCCAUUCAUAUGUAAAUGUUCAUGUACAAAAAACAACACUGAAGAAAUAUAUGUAUAGAAAUAUAA